UGCAGGCUGCUUUGCGCGCACACCGACAACAUGGGUCGCGGGAUGACGAUGCUUGGCUCCAGCGCCGUGAUCAUUGGGAUUGGCGUCGCGCUGCUCAAGUACGCCACGCCAGAGCCAGAGGACGUGCUCAAGGACAUGCCGGCGCACAUUCGAAGGCGAGAGUUGGAUAAGAUGGAGGACAGGCACAGGAAUAACAUUGCUCUCAUGGAGGCCAUCAAAUCAAGUGCCGACAUCAAGAAAGAUUGAGGCUGCGUUAUGUAAAAUUUGUGUACAUCUUGCUUUGCUUUUCGUAAAUCCAAAAACCGUCAGCCAAAGCAACUGCAACCAAACAACCAAUCGAUUGGCUGGCCAAGCGAGCGAGUGCUUGAGGGAGUG